GGGGAUGCGGGCAGGGGCGGUCCUCGAACCGCCGCCAGGAAUUCUGGGAGUGGGGCGAAGGACUUCGGGCGCGUUCCCGCUAUCCGAGCCCGGCACGACCCGAGAAGGCAUCCUGGCACGUGGGCUCAGUACGCUUGAGGGUGCGCGUGGCUCCCCCGGGGGGCAGGGGCUGCGUGGGGAGCGGUGAGUGGGAAGCACUCGCCUGCCCGCGUGGAAGCCUGUGACGAGCCAGGGCGCAGAGGAUAAAGACCGUGGCGGGCAGCGAGGCGGGACCCCCGGCCUCAGGCCGCCCUGGGGACCUGGAAGGGCGGAACUGACAGCCAAAUGCAGGGAUUGGAUCAGGUAGCCCCUUCCGGGACACGGGAAGAAGAGGGAAGUUAUGGAGACCUUGCCCUGGAGGGGCCGGUGUUAGGAUUUCUGAUAGACGGCCGUCCCUGCAGUGUGGCUCGAGUGGAAACACCACAGUGUGAGGGAGGGGUCAGCUGAGAAGGGGACAGGAGUCUACAUUCUGUCAUAGCAAGGCCCCAAGGGCCUGCUCAUCUCCCCUCGCUUUGCCAAUUUAAUAUACGCCCUUCCCUGUAAGGGGGAGGGAGAACCGGCCAGCACUGCUCCCAAGUACAAAGAAUACUUGAAAUCAAGGCCAAGAAAAGUAAGAUUUUCCUAAAGUCAUCCACAGUGUGUUAGUGGCAGAUCGACAAGUAAAACAGAAUAGUUCUACGGUUAAAAUUCUGCUGGGCUAUGGUUAUAACUCAGUGGCAGACCACUUAAAUUAACUUGUGCAAUGACCAGAAUUCUCUCUCUAAAAGUGAAAACAAAAAUAGACAUGGAUAAAUGGAUGAUAAAUACAAAGACUCAUUUUUUAAAGUGUACCUGUGUGUAACUCAUUGACAUUACUAACUAGUCAUAAAUAACUCGGCUUCUUAGGGCUAGAGAUGUGGUACAGCACUUGCCUAGCGCACAGACGACCUUGGAUUCAGUUCCCGCUACUGAAAUGAAUGAAUGAAUGAGUCAGCCACCACCAUGAUUCUUUUUAUCCCAUAGGAAUUUGCAAGUCUGACAGUGUUUGGCCUGUUAUCUGUGUCCCUCCUUGUUCAGUCUAGUGCUGUGCCAUGGCCGAGGCUGGGGAAGAGGAGACAGCUUCAGUAGAAGCCUCGGGGUUCUCAGACUUGAGUGACUCCGAGUUGGUAGAGUGUCUGGACCUGGAAGAUGCCAAAGCGUCGGCCGUUUCACUUAGCAAACCUGGCUCUUCUGAGCUCCCUGGGAAGGAUGAUAAACCUGUAAGCUUGCAAACCUGGAAAGAAGGCUUGGAUGUCCUGUCCCCCAUGGAGAGAUUCCACUUGAAUUAUUUAUACGUCACUGACCUGUGUACCCAGAACUGGUGUGAAUUGCAAAUGGUGUAUGGGAAGGAACUUCCUGGGUCGUUAGCACCUGAGAAGGCAGCUGUUUUGGACACUGGUGCUAGCAUCCACCUUGCCAAAGAACUAGAACUUCAUGACCUUGUGACCAUCCCCAUCACCACCAGAGAAGAUGCUUGGGCAGUUAAGUUUCUAAACAUAUUAUCAAUGAUUCCCACCCUACAGUCCGAAGGGCGCAUCAGAGAGUUUCCAGUGUUUGGGGAGGUAGAGGGAAUAUUUCUUGUUGGAGUGAUUGAUGAAUUGCACUACACAGCCAAGGGGGAACUGGAAUUGGCCGAACUCAAGACACGGAGGCGCCCUGUGCUCCCCCUGUCAGCACAGAGAAAGAAAGACUGUUUUCAAGUCAGCCUCUACAAGUGUCUUUUUGACGCCAUGGUACAAGGGAAGGUGACCCCUGCUAGCCUGGCCCACCACACAAAAUUGUGUCCAGACAGGCCGCUGGGACCUGCCGUGCUCAGGCAUGCCAGACAAGGGGGCGUCUCUGUCAAAUCUUUGGGUGACCUCACGGAGCUGGUCUUCUUAUCUCUUACGCUGUCUGAUCUCCCGGCUAUUGAUACCCUAAAACUUGAGUAUGUCCAUCAGGAGACCGCCGCGGUAUUGGGCACAGAGAUUGUCGCCUUUGAGGAGAAAGAAGUGAAAAGCAGGGUGCAGCAUUACGUGGCCUACUGGAUGGGCCACCGAGAUCCUCAAGGGGUUGAUGUGGAAGAGGCAUGGAAGUGUCGGUCCUGUGACUAUGGAGACAUCUGUGCGUGGCGGAGGGACGGUGGAGCGCUCAGCUCUCCUUUGGAGCCCAAAACCAAGAAGUUGAAAUGAAUGAAAGGUCGGCAACGUCGAUCGUUUCUGCUCUCAAUAUAUCGAAGAAGACCAGUCUCUCAGCUUGGCUUUCAUGGGUGUUUUUUAUUUUUAUGUCUACAACCUUUAAUAACAUUGCAACCCAGGCCCAAAGAUCAGGAAUGUAUGGAGAGAUGUGGAUUAGAGUGACCUUGGAGCUUUGAGAUGAAUCACAAAAAAAGACAGAUAUCCAUCAUGUCUGCUGCAAAGGUAUCUGUAACUAAUCACUGUUUUCUCAAGGAAAGUCUUUGGGUUCUGAUAAAUCUUUUUUUCUUGAUGAAAAAUUUUUUUUUUUUUUUUUUUUUUUUACAUUUUUCACAAUAAACAUGAAAUGCUCUCU